AUGAGAUUCAACCAGGCACGGCUCGAAGCUGAGACGACGACCGACGAUUUCAUAUACGGAGCCCUCUUCCAGGGAAUCCGAAAAGAUGGGGCUUUCAUGGCUGAUAUAGCCCGAAAGCCUCAUCAGAAUCUAGACAACUUCAUGAGUAAGGUUGAGAAGUACAUCAACCAGGAGGAAACACUCCGAGCCCUAUUGGGAUCCGAGCAUACUCACCCAUCCACUUCCGAGCUUCAAAAGAAGAAAAAUGAUCCUCGGAAAGAAGAACGUAGGCGUGUUCUAGAAGGAAAGGAGGCCAAACCAAAGCGAGACAGGGAAUCACUCCAAGAUCACAAUUGGACUCCCCUCAGCGCUCCCAUCAUGGAUGUUCUCAUGAAGAUAAAGCGAGACCUUAGGUACCGGAAACCCAGGCCAGUACUUGUGAACCUAAAUUUACCGUAUGCAGACCAGUACUGUGCUUUCCACGAUACCACCGGGCACCGUACCGAAGCUUGCAUUACCCUGAUAAUCCUGAUAGAACACUUCAUAGAAAAUGGAAAGCUUGUCCGAUUCCUUGCAAAUCAAAGGAUUCUACCGAACCCAGAGCAUGACAACCGCCCCCGGGAAGAUCACAAUCGGUUCCACCUGAAUCAAAACAAUCCUCGGAAUGACCGAGAAAGGGCCAGAGAACCAGAGCGCAGGCCAGAUCCUCGGGAUGCACGAGAAAGAAGCAGGAGUCACGCCCGACUAGCACUGCAGGAAAACCUUCCUGAGAUACACACAAUUUAUAGGGGUUUCGGAGGAGAAGGAAAGUCUAGCUCAGCUCGGAAGGCAUAUGCAAGGCAAAUGAAGGACUUCGAAGUAUACUCAGUACAAAAACCUCCAAAAUCCCGAAAACGAGAGACUCAGGUGAUCGGGUUCUCGGACGAUGAUUAUGCAGGGGUAUCUCUUCCACAUACCGACGCUUUUUUUUUUAGCUUAGCCAUUGCCAACCACAAGAUACAUCGCAUCCUGAUUGACACUGGAAGCUCGGCUGACAUCCUUUAUAGGUCAGCUUUUGAGCUCAUGAAGAUUGAUCGAAGAAAAGUGGUUCCGGCUAGGCAUUCUCUAGUGGGAUUCACAGGAGAACAGGUGCUCCCCCUCGGGUCGAUCGAGCUCCCGGUCAUGGCAGGAGUAUACCCGAGGCAAAGGACUAUAAUGGUCCGGUUCCUGAUAAUAGAUCGACCUUCGGCUUACAACGCCAUCCUCGGAAGAACGACUCUUAAUGAUCUCAAAGCUGUAACGUCAACCCCCCACCUGAGCAUGAAAUUCCCCACUGGGGAAAGGGUCAGCGUUGAGAAGGGAAAUCAACGAAUGGCCUGA